AUGUAUCUCCAUAAUGAUGCCGGCCGGUUUGUGUGUCGGUCGGGCCACUGGGUGGUGAUGAAGCCUGACCACGAAAUCACGAACAAAUCGGAUGCCGUUCUUGCAUGGGAAAGACAGACCGACGGCUAUAGCCACUAUGUUUACUUUGUCAGUGGAGGGAGCUGGCUCUGUACGAGUAAAUCUGGGGAACUCAAUGUUAAGAACGAGGGACACUAUGCGGUCAUGUACCAUAAUGUGCUUACGCCUACUUAG